AUGCGUUGGUCUUCUACAGCCACGAACGGAAUUGUGCUUGCUACCGAAAAGAAGUCCUCCUCGCCGCUCAUUGACCCUCCCUCCCUCUCCAAGAUUUCCUUGAUCACACCGGACAUUGGCAUGGUCUAUGCGGGAAUGGGUCCCGACUACCGUGUUCUUGUCGAUAAGGCACGGAAGGUUUCCCACACUGGUUACAAGCGGAUCUAUAACGAAUACCCCCCGACUCGCAUUCUCGUGCAAGACGUCGCCCGUGUCGUGCAAGAAGCAACACAGUCUGGUGGUGUCAGGCCAUACGGUGUCAGUUUGUUAAUUGCAGGAUGGGAUGAGGGUGUUGAGCCCAACACAGGAGAGGCCCAACGGGGUGACGACGCAGACGAUGUCAAGAAGGCGACUGGCCAGACUGGGGGUAUUCUUAAGGGCGGCCCAAGCUUGUACCAGGUUGACCCCAGCGGUAGUUACUACCCCUGGAAGGCCACGGCUAUUGGCAAGCACGCAACCAGCGCAAAGACAUUCCUUGAGAAGCGAUACACCGAAGAGCUGGAGCUGGAAGACGCCAUUCAUAUUGCUCUGCUGACUCUGAAGGAGAGCAUUGAGGGUGAAAUGAACGGUGACACAAUAGAGCUCGGUAUUGUUGGUGACCCUGCCGACAGCCUGCUGGGCUACGAAGGUGUCGAGGGGGCCCGGGGACCGCGGUUUAGGAAGUUGACGAAGGAGCAGAUUGAGGAUUAUCUCAGUCAUCUAUGA